AUGACUGUUUCCAGUCCAAUGCAUGUAUCUUCACUAUUAUUUAGCAUGCUUGAGGUACCUCGCGCUGCCCUUUUUGUAAGGUCAUUGACGUGCGGUCUGCUGGACGCCUGUGGGGGGCACCACAAAGGGAAGGAUCCAGCGAGACAGACCCCGAUGUUGUGGGCAGGUGGUCCGGGAUUCUCCCGCCGCAUGUGGGCACUGUCUUUACACGGUGCGGAGGUCGGUGGUAGACAGUAG